AUGACCUCUACCAAGAGAACGCUAUCAGGCCUGGCCGUGCUGGCCUUGGUCGUGGUCCUCUAUGUAGCAUCAAGUGCGGUCAUUCAGCUCAUCUUCACAAGUGGUGGUUACGACAAGCCUGUGGCCCUCACAGUCUACUCCCUCACCCUCUCAAUACUGCUCUUGGCUUGUCGCAAGUACAUCUAUACGCCUGCUAGGCAGGGUUCGCCAGAGGCGACUCCGAUAGUUAACUCGGACCAUGCGACGUUGGAAGCAACAGAGCAAGGUUGGCCGAAGAGGUGGCAGGUUGCUGAGUUUGCCAUGCUUUCUGUCGUAAAAGGUGUUUACGUGCCGCUCCGUGCCAUAUGGUUCGUCUCGCAGUUGACGUACAACAUAUCCCUUAAGUAG